GGCGUCGGCGUCGCCAUGGCGCCCGACCUAACACCGCGCCCGCGCCCAGCCCGACAGCAGUCCGGACCCGAACCCCUACUCUAACGCCGCCGCCGCCGCCGCCGCCGCCGCCAUGCCCAAGCAGCCCAAUCUUAGCCAGGCCAGCCCCACCCCGAUGAAGCCGGGAUCCGUCCGGAGGUUCAGCCUCUCUCUAAGCAAAAUGAGCAUGAGCCGCAGUAAAACCAGCCUAAACCAGAGCAGGACGGCCUUGUCAAGGACCAUAAGCGGGCCUACAGAUGCCAAAGGAGAAAAAGGGGGCCCCCAUGGGACAAAGUCCCAAAUCCAGGUAUUUGACUUGCUUGGGAAAGAUGUUACUCCCAGACCCCUUUUCCGUCCAGAUCCACAUUUUGUUGGUUCCAAGAAGCCGAGUAAGCUGCUUGUGUCUCAGGAUGUGUCUCCUUUCACAUCAGAAAUUACGGCCUCCUACACUGUAUAUCAGAAUACCGUGAACCCCAGUGUAAUAGGACAGUUCACAAGGUCGGCGGUGGGAAGCAGCACCAUGUCCAAGUCAAGCAUAUCGGCCACGGAGUCGAUUGGAGAAGAGCUGGAAGAGCCGUCGUACAGACGGGAGACCAUAACCAGCUAUAUCGACAUGGUGAAGAAAGACACCGUCAAAGAACUGACGAAAGAAGACCUGGAGGUCACAGUGGACAUCUACCUCUGCGAGACGGAGACCCUGUGGCUCUUCAACAUGCCCACGAUCAUGCAUUCUGUGGAAUCCGAAGAAGCCGAGAUAAUCAAGUCCAAGAACAUCGCCUAUGAGACGCUGUGUAGGAACCGGGCCGGCAACGACCUGUACGUGGAAAGGAUGAUGCAGACCUUUAAUGGCGCGCCCAAGAACAAGGAGGUUCAGUGCGAAAAAAUCCUGACCGAGGAGAAGGGCAUAGUGUCCACCACGUGGGCCCUGUACGAUGCGUAUCACGAAUUGGACGCUGCGGAGGUUCCCACAAAACUGGAAGCACCCAAACCAAGCGCACUAGAAGGGGGGAAGAAAGAGAAGGACUUAAUGACGACGAUGACGGACCGAACGAGCAGAAGCAGCUCCACGAUCGACGUGGAAAGCGUCAUCCUGGCUAAGAUCCACGAGGAGGAGGAGGACAACUCGGAGCUGAUCCUGAAGUCGGACAAGUUCUCCCAGGAUCUGUUCUUCAUGGAGCGGAUCCUCAUGGAGAACAUGUUCCAGCCGAAGCUCGCGGCCUACCGGCAGCUGCCCGUCCUGCAGGAAUGGGAAGAAGACACCGAAGAAAGUUUUGAUCAACCUUUGCAACCCACCAAGUCACAGGCUACAGAAAGCUCAGAAGCAACUCGUGAACAAGAGAUUAUAGAGGCUGUGGAAGAACAUGUCCCACCCAAUUUAGAAAAACUGUGGGCAUUCUCUUGUGAACUCACCAAAGGGCAGAACGUGAGCAGCCUAGCCUGGAAUAAAAUGAACCCGGACCUGUUGGCUGUUGGUUACGGCCAUUUUGGCUUUAAAGAACAGAAACGAGGACUGGCUUGCUGUUGGUCUCUAAAGAAUCCUAUGUGGCCGGAACGUGUUUAUCCCAGUCACCAUGGGGUGACAUCUGUGGAUUUCUCCAUAGCAUCCCCAAACCUUCUAGCCAUUGGGUAUUACAAUGGCACCAUAGCCAUCUUCAACGUGCAAAGCAACAAUAAAGUUUCAGUGCUGGACAGUAGUGAAUCUUCUCACAAGCACGUUGGACCAGUUUGGCAACUCCAAUGGGUAGAACAGGACAGGGGUACUACUGGGGAAGAAAAAAAGGAAAUCCUCGUGACUGUUGGGGCAGAUGGAAGAAUCACCAAGUGGAUAAUCCAGAAAGGGCUGAUUUGUCAUGAUUUGAUGAAAUUGAAGCGAACAACAUCUGAUAGGCAAAGAAAGCAAAAUGAGCGAGAGAAGAAAGGUGAAGCUUUGAUAUCUCGUCAGGCGCCUGGGAUGUGUUUUGCUUUUCAUCCCAAGGACACCAACCUCUAUCUGGCUGGUACAGAAGAAGGUCACAUUCAUAAAUGCUCUUGUUCAUAUAAUGAGCAGUACUUGGAUACCUACAAAGGCCAUAAGGGCCCCGUCUACAGGCUGGCGUGGAACCCCUUCUGCCACCAGGUGUUCCUCAGCUGCUCCGCAGACUGGGGGGUGAGCCUCUGGCACCAGGACAACGCGAAGCCCUUCUUGAGCUUCUACAACACCACUAACGUGAUUUAUGACGUCGCCUGGUCUCCCAGGUCGUCCUACGUCUUUGCGGCCGCCAACGAGACCCGCAUAGAGAUCUGGGACCUCCACACCAGCGUUUUGGACCCGAUCAUCGUGAAUAACGCUUACCCCGGAGUGAAAAUCACGACGGUCCUCUUCGCUAAACACACCGACUGCAUUCUGAUUGGAGACAGCGAAGGACAAGUCACCGUCUACGAACUGAAGGACAUGCCGGUGCACGGGGAGUCUGGCCGGGCAGAUGCCAUUGACACUUUACUUGGACCUGAGGCAUACAGUAUAUAAUUUGUUGAAGAUUAUAUUUUUAUAAAAAAGAAAAUGGACUGGAUUUUUAUAUCAAAUAGCCACUAUUUUCUGUACUUUAGAGAGACUCUGUGAUUUUGGCUCAGGCAUAAUAUCUGUAUUUUUACCUUAUAAUUAAUUUGAACAUAAAUCAAAUGAAAGAUUUUUGGUACAUUUUAUGUGUUAUUUAAACUGAUUUAAUAAAACCCUUGUCGGAAGUUCUCCAGCUUUCUGGUGGAAUGUGCCAGAAGAUGGCAGUGGAUUUGCCUAUCAUUUAACUGGUGUUAACCCAACCCAAAUUAUAAGAAAAUGUAUUCCAGCUGUAAUGACAUAACUUGAUAAUUAUUAUUAGAUUCCAAAGUUUGCUUUGUCUUGUAUUUAAGAAACUGAUAAUUUUUCUAAAGUUUCUUUCUGAUUCUUUAAACAUAGAUAGGAUACCUGAUUCCCUUAUUUCCUAGAGGAGUUUUCUCCUUGAAUAGUUUUGGAGUGUAUCUCUAGUUUCUAUUACGUGACAGUGAUUUCUUAUAGGCUGCACUUAUUACUUAAGAGAAGCUAUUCCAGAAAAUUUCAGACAAGCUGAUUCUGGGCUCAGCAGCCUCUGAGACCCACGUCGUGACCCAUCUGGCACAGAUCGGGUUUCUGAGCAUCCCUCUACCAGCAUGCCCUAGGGCUGGUGCUCCUCUUGAAAGUCCAGGCUGAGAAGCAGAUCCAGAAUAAAUAUAAUACAUCUACUAUUGAUCUGGAAAACCCCUGUGAAUGCUGAGAGUUUCAGAGGAGACCACGUGGGCAUCCCUUGUCCAAACCAUGGCUGGCCAAGGUUUCCCUUUUUGAAAGCUGACCUCGCAUUGGCACAACUUUCCAGGAAUAAUUGUGGCCAGAUUAGGACCUCACUGGGUUACCUCUAGAAGGCCCUGAUCAUCGUGGUCUAUAGUAAGAGCCCCCAAGCAAGCCUGGGCAACCAGAAGCAGGAACCACAGCUUGCCAACUAGAGCUGGUGUUUGGUGUAGCAACAUUCAUGGCAGCUUCUCUAAAAGCAUUGUUGUUGUCGUGGAAACUUUUGAUUUUACCAAACUCCUGACAUCGAUGUGAUCCUCGGACAUUGUUUUCAGCCAUACAGCAAUUUACCUAGUGGAGAUGGGAAGUCGGGACACCAGUGCCUUAGCAAAUUCCCAGGGAAAUGUUGGGGUCCAUUAAGCAUAGACGUAGUGUCGGCAGAGAGCGGUUGCUAUUUCUCAUUUUGCUCUGUUAUUUCAACCCCAAAUCAUUAUUAGUGUCACUACAUUCUUUUGGAGCCAUCUUUUAAACUAGGAGAGAAGUCACAAAAAAGCAGCUUUUGAGUUUUUGGUAGCAUGAGGCAUAUUAAACAAUCUCUUAACAAUGCAGGUGAUGAUGGAGUUUUCUGUUGUGUUAUGUUAAAAGUCAGGCUUUUCCAUGACUUUUUCUGAUAAAUAAAUAAAAGUUUGAUUCAUCC